UGCAUGUUGCAUGUGGCCCCGCCCUUUCUCCUCUCAGUCUGUCCUCGCGCUAACCUGUACUCAAGACAGGAAGUGAAGAGUUUCGUUCUUGUGUAAACAGCACGGCUUGGGAAAGUUAACUCGCGCUUAGAAUCAAGUAUGCACGGAAAGACGGAAAGUCAUAAUGUCCAGCGGAAGGAUGACAACUAACUGGCGUGACUGAGAAAAUUGGGACAUUUCGGCGCGCGCGACUGAGUAGCUCGAGCGGAAAGACGGACAGCUCGCGUCUCGCGCUGCUACUGCGGCUGUGUAUGUGUGCGCGCGCGCGUGAGCGAGAGACAGUAGUAACUAACGCUCGCCAAGUUGAGUGAUUACACUCGGUGAGUCACAUAACGCGGUUCGGGCCACGCGUAAGUGUUAAAUGUUCCCGUUAAAACUGUGGACGUGACCCAUAUCCAGGAGUUUGAGUCUGGAUUAAGCGAAGUUUUGUUUGUUUUUAGGGGGUUAGCUUUCAAAUUUCCCUCCGUUUUGUCGAGUCAGGGGGAGCCUGAGCUAAUAGGGCGGCGGGCUAACAAAGUCAGGCCGCAGGGGCAGCAACCUAACCCGGGGAAACUCUGGAGUUUUUGUGCGGUGACUCUGUUUGUAACUUCCUGAAUCUUUCCGGAACAUUGGAUACUUUAUUUUUGUUUGGAUUAGGCUCAAAAUCAUGGAUCCUCCUAACUAUGGAAACUCGGCAUCAGCUCCCGCCGCCGGUGCGUCUUCAAAAAGCGGCAAAGACAAAAAACCGAAGAAGACCUACGAGGAAGGAGACUCGAAAAAGAAAUUUACCUUCAAAAGACUCAUUCCCGAUGAGCUGGAGCGGUUCACAAGCAUGCGAAUAAAGAAGGAGAAGGAGAAGCCGGGCACGACGAGUCAGAGACACUCCUCUGCUGUGUUGUACGAGGUCCCAUCCCAGGCUGCCAUGCUGCAGGACCACAGUGACGACUACAUCCUGGAGCUCUUCGAGCAGAUGCUGGUGGACAUGAAUCUGAAUGAGGAGAAGCAGGUGCCGCUGAGACAGAAGGACAUAGCCAUAAAGAGAGAGAUGGUCUCUCAGUACCUGCACACAUCUAAAGCUGGCCAGAGCCAAAAGGAAAGCUCCAGGUCUGCUGUGAUGUACAUCCAAGAGUUGAAAACUGAACCCAGAGACACCCAGCUGCUGAGCUGCCUCGAGUCUCUACGUAUCUCCCUUAAUAACAACCCCGUCAGCUGGGUGCAGACGUUUGGAGAGGAGGGUUUGAUUUUGCUGCUCAACUUCCUGAAGAAGCUCCAGGACGAGAAAGAGGAGUACCCGAAUGCUGGUGUUGGAGUAAAGUGCCAACAUGAGAUCAUCCGCUGCCUCAAAGCCUUCAUGAACAACAAGUACGGUUUGAAAGCCAUGUUGGCGUCAGCCGACGGGAUUCCUCUCCUGGUCCGAGCCAUAAAUUACAGCGUCCCUCACAUGAUGGUGGACGCUGUCAAACUGCUGUCAGCCAUCUGCAUUCUCGAGCACCCUGAAAACCUUCAUGAGCGCGUGCUGGAGUCCAUCACUGCGCUGGCUGAGGAGAGGGACAUCGAGAGAUUCCAGCCCCUGCUGUCUGGCAUGCGCAAGUCCAAUAUCGCUCUCAAGGGAGGCUGUAUGCAGCUCAUCAAUGCUCUGAUCAGCAGAGGAGAGGAGCUCGACUUCAGAAUUCACAUACGCUCGGAGCUGAUGAGAUUGGGCCUGAGGGAGCUGCUCGCUGAGGUGAGGAACAUAGAAAACGAAGAGCUCCGUGUGCAGCUGCAGGUCUUUGAUGAGCAGGCUGAGGAGGACUCGGAGGACCUGCGUUCCCGUCUUGAAGAUGUGCGCGUUGAGAUGGAUGACAUAUCGGAGGUGUUCCAGAUGCUGCUGAACACGGUGAAGGAUUCGAAAGCUGAAGGCUACUUCCUGUCCCUCAUGCAGCACCUGUUGCUGGUGCGCAAUGACUACUUGAUUAGGCCGCAGUACUACAAGCUGAUAGACGAGUGUGUAGCGCAGAUCGUGCUCCACAGAAAUGGCUGCGAUCCAGAUUUCAAAUGCAGAAACCUCCAACUGGACAUCGAAGCACUCAUUGAUAACAUGGUGGAUAAAAGAAAAGUAGAGAUCAGUGAGGCCAAGGCCGCAGAGCUGGAGAAAAAGCUGGAUGCCGAGUUGACUACACGCCAUGAGCUGCAGGUGGAGUUUAAGAAGAUGGAGGGCGAUUACGAACAGAAAGUCCGAGAGCUCAGUGACGAGAAAGAAGCUCUUGGAAAUGAGAAAGUGGACAAAGAGAACGAGAAUCAAGGGCUGCGUGGAGAAAUCGGCCAACUCAAAGAUCAGGUUCAAAAACUGUCUAAGGAUCUUGAGGAAGCCAAGACGAUAAUCAUCAAUGCACCCAAGACAGUAGCUGGCCGCCCUGACCUAUCAGCACCAGCCUCGAUGAGCCACCCACCUCCACCUCUGCCUGGCAAAGCAGGCAUGCCACCACCACCUCCACCUCUGCCUGGCCAAGCAAGCAUGCCCCCUCCACCACCACCUCUGCCUGGCCAAGCGAGCAUGCCCCCUCCACCACCACCUCUGCCUGGCCAAGCAAGCAUGCCCCCUCCACCACCUCCCCCUCCCUUGCCGGGCAUGCCAGGACCCCCACCACCUCCACCUCUACCUGGUCAGGCAGGUGCGAUGCCCCCUCCACCACCUCCGCUACCCGGUGCUCCUGGUAUGCCCCCUCCUCCGCCUCCACCUCCAGGACUGCCAGGAAUGCCACCCCCUCCUCCAAUGCCUGGGAUGCCUCCUCCACCGCCAGGAGGGUUUGGAACUUGGGCUGCUCCAGUACCACAACUACCAUUUGGCCUGCAGCCCAAGAAAGAGUACAAACCAGAGGUGCAGCUUAAGAGAGCCAACUGGAGUAAGAUUGCAGCUGAGGAUCUUUCAGAGAGCAGCUUCUGGGUGAAAUCGAAAGAGACCCGCUUUGAGAAUAACGAGCUUUUCUCCAGACUCACUCUGGCGUUCUCCUCCCAGACCAAGAGUGAGUGAUCCAACUGCAAUGUGUUAUUGAGUUCAUGUUAACAUUACUGGAACAUGCUCACAUGCUUUUCUUCUAGCCCUAUGACUAGCAACAUCAUAUUUGUUUUUUUAUGUUUUUUUCUCUCCCACAUGUUUUUGAUCCACCUACACAGCCUCAAAAGGUAAGCUUUGUGUGUGUGUGUGUGUGUGUGUGUGUGUGUGUGUGUGUGUGUGUGUGUGUAAGCACUCGCUGCUGUAAGAGUAAUGUUUUUCCUGCGAUCCGUGGAUGGAUGCUGAGCAGGAUGGAUGGAGGUCUCCAGGGAUGGAUGGAUGCUGAAACAAGUGAAUGGUUGCAGAAAGAGAUGGAUGUACGCAAGAAUGCUGAAAUGGAUGGAUGUAUGCACAAUUUGAUGGAUGGAUAUAGAGAUGCAGGGCUGCACUAUUAAUCACAUGUGAUAAAACUUAAAAGUUGGAAGUUUGCUCAAACUCUAUUACACACAACACAUUGUCUAUACUGUGCAGCCCUACAGAGAUGUAUGGAGAUAUGGGAUGGAUUCUGGGGUGGAGGGAUAGAUGCUGAGAUAGAGAUAUAGUGAGGAGGAUACAGUGCCCUCAACUAAUAUUGACACCCUCUGUAAAUAUGAGCAAAGAAGGCUCUGAAAAUUUUUUUUUUUUUUUGGAUCUUUUGUUUGAAAAAUUCACAAAAAUACUCUGCUGACAUGAAUAUCAAACAAUUACAAACACAACAUAGGUUUAUUAAAAAAAUAUAUAUGUCUUUGUUCAAUACAUGUAUGCUACAAUUAUUGACACCCUUUUGGUCAAUACUAAGAUAACAGCUCUGAGUCUUCUCCUGUAAUGCCUGAUGAUGUUGGAGAAUACAUGGCAAGGGAUCUGAGACCGUUCCUCCAUACAGAAUCUCUCCAGAUCCUUCAAAUUUCAAGGUCCACGCUGGUGGACUCUCCUCUUCAGUUCACCCCACAGGUUUUCUAUGGGUUUCAAGUCAGGAGACUGGGAUGGCCAUGGUAGGACCUUGAUUUUGUGGUCAGUAAACCAUUUUUGUGUUGAUUUUGAUGUAUGUUUUGGAUCAUUGUCCUGCUGGAAGAUCCAACCAUGGCCCAUUUUAAGCUUUCUGGCAGAGGCAGUCAGGUUUCAUUUAAUAUCUGUUGAUAUUUGAUAGAGUCCAUGAUGCCAUGUAUCCUAACAAAAUGUCCAGGUCCUCUGGCAGAAAAACAGCCCCAUAACAUUAUAAACACCACCUCUGGUGUUUAUUGCCAAAAAGCGCUAUUUUGGUUUCAGCUGACCAUAGAACCGAUCCCAUUUGAAGUUCCAGUAGUGUCUGGCAAACUGAAAACACUUGAGUUUUUGGAUGGGAGUAGGGGCUUUUUUCUUGAAACCCUUCCAAACAUCUUGUGGUGAUGUAGGUGAUUUCGGACUGUAGUUUUGGAGACUUUCUGACCCCAAGACUCAACUAACUUCUGCAGUUCUCCUGCUGUGAUCCUUGGAGAUUUUUUGGCCACUCAAACCGUCCUCUUCCCAGUGCGUUGAGACGAUAUAGACACACGUCCUCUUCCAGGUUGAUUCAUAACAUUUCCAGUUGGCUGGAACUUCUUAAUUAUUGCCCUGAUGGUGGAAAUGGGCAUUUUCAGUGCUUGUGCUAUUUCCUUAUAGCCACUUCCCAUUUUGUGAAGCUCAACAACCUUUUGCUGCACAUCACAGCUAUAUUCCUUGGUCUUAGCCAUUGUUAUGAAUGACUAAGGGAAUUUGGGCUAUGUCUUACCUCAUAUUUAUUCCCCUGUGAAACAGGAAGUCAUGUUUGAACAAUUUCCUGUUCCUAGUCAGCCAGGUGUACUAAAGUUUAAACAUCAAUGGGAAUCUACUUCAAAUAUAUUUUUCUCAUAUGAAUUCAUAGGGGUGCCAAUAAUUGUUGCACACAUACACAUUUAACAAUGUUUUUUUUUUGUUGUUUUUUUUUUGUUUGUUUUUUUGGUGUUUGCAAUUGUUUAUAUAUCUAUGAAAGCAGAGUAUUUUUGUAAUUUUUUUUUGUUUAACACAAGCUCAAAAGGUUAAACAAUAAAGACCAUUUUUCAUACCUUUCUUUACUCAUAUUUACCAUGGGUGCCAAUAUUAGUGGGGGGCACUGUAUAUUCAGGAGUGGAGGGAUGGAGGUUGAGAUGGAGGAUCUGUUCAGGAGUGGAGGGAUGGAUGUUGAGAAGAAUGGAUGAAUGCUGAGAGAGGUGGAUGAGUGGAAGGACGGAGAGAAAGCUGAUUAUGCAGUUAUGGGGGGAUUGUGUCCCUGGUUUUGUGUGUGUGUGUGUGGUGCUUAUCUCUCUAGAACGGCCAUCGUACUUCUUAGGACUUUAUAUGCAAAACCCCUUUCAUACUGAAUUUAAUAUGAGCAUGACCUUUUGAGGUGUGUGUGUCUUUGUCCUCUGUGCAAGUCUACUCAGUGUCAAACUACUGCCACAUAUGUCCCUGUGGAACGUGUGUGUGAGACAGAGCCUUCUUCCCCUGCAUACAUCGUCACCUCUAUCACCUCUCCUUCGUAUUCCUCUUCUGUUCUCUCUCUCCCUCUGUCUCUCUCUUUGUCUCUCACCCCCCAUAUCCCUCUCUCCAUCUGUGUAUGAGUCUCUCUCUCUCUCUCUCUCUCUGCUGUCAGAAUUCCAUUUACUCAUCUCCUCCAUAUUUAUAUGCCUGAUUCAGUAUGCACUAACCUCCAAUUUAACGAGGGAGUGUGUGCCAACUGUAU